AUGUCAGGCUGGCGCCGUUUGAACAUUGGUAUCGUCGGUGGCGGCAUCGGUGGUAUGUCUGUGGCUAUUGCGUUGCGGCGUGCUGGCCACAUCGUGACGAUCUAUGAAAGAUCGGAUUUUGCGGGCGAAGUUGGUGCAUCAGUUUCAUGCGCCGCCAAUGGCACUCGCUGGCUGCACGAAUGGGGCGUGGAUGUUGCGAAGGGUGACCCGGUUGUUCUCAGGAAACUCAUCAACCGUGACUGGAAAACGGGGGAGCCCGUGAGUGUGUAUGACUUGGGCGACUACGAGGAGCGCUGGGGGUACGUAUACAACAUGUUUCACCGGCAGUAUAUGCAUGCCAUGUUGAACGACUCGGCUCUGGGCGAAGGAGAGGGCCAUCCUGCGACGCUGAAAGUAGACCACCGGUGCCGAGACAUCGACCUGAUCACGAAUACAAUCACUUUCGAGAACGGUGUACUCGCACAACAUGACCUGAUCGUUGGCGCCGAUGGCAUUGGAUCAGCAGUGCGAGGCAUUCUGGGGAUAAAGCCAGAGAAAAAACCAGCGGACUCCAGCUGCCUACACACGAACAUUAGCACCGAGGAAGCUGUUCGGUUGGGCCUGGUCGACUACUCCCAGGAUAACGCCCUGGAGUACUGGGGUGGACAAGAGGGCAAAUGGGAUAAGAUUGUGUUGUCACCCUGCAACGGCGGUAAGCUUCUCUCAUACUACUGCUUUUUCCCGCGAGAACAGGGCGACUAUUCGACUCAGUCAUGGGGUGCGGAUGAGCGCCCUGUGGAGGAGCUCUUGCAGCCCUACCCGGCGCUGGACCGGCAGGUUUUUGAUCACCUUGCCAUCGGCAAGGAGAUCAAGCCGUGGCGGCUCUGGGUGCACAAUCCCUACCCAUACAUCCAUCGAGGCAGAGUUUGCCUCCUCGGUGACGCGGGCCAUCCUAUGAUGCCGCACCAGAGCCAGGGUGCCUGCAUGGCCAUUGAGGAUGCGGCGGCCCUAGGGAUUUUGUUGAGCCCGCGAUACUUUGACGGGGAUGUCUCCCAGGCCCUGGCUGUCUAUGAGGAGGUGCGGUUGCCGCGUGCCACCCGGGUCCAGGCUGCCGCGGCUAAGGCAGCAUAUAAUAUCAAUGAACGAAUUGGCUUCUCCUUCAACAAAGAUAUCCCCACCUAUAAGGUCGAGGACCCGAAGAAAGUGCUGACCAUUGAAGAAAUGAACGCUUAUGACAUGUAUCAGGAUGUUGAAGAGAAACUCGCCGCUAAACGCCACGCCGCUUACACGGAUAAGUUUAUCUGCGGGCUACCGGUUGGACUGGAGUUGCCCAAUGGAAUCACCAUCGGGGACUAA